AUGCCUCCUCCUCCUCCCAAUCAUGUACCAUCCAUUCGAAGUACUACAGUUCUGCCUCAGUCCUCCACCUCUCAGCCUCGCCUGUCAUCUACUGCAGCUGUUCCAUCCACCAGUGGUGCAUCUAGCACCUACGUACCGACGGCUCUACUUGGGAAUGUUCGCAGUGUCCCCUUGACCGUUUUGUUGCAAACCGCCGUGGUGAAGAUUGCUGAUUAUAAUGGAUAUGCUGUAUGGGGUGCAUUGUUGGAUCCUGCGUCGCAGAUUAAUUUGAUCAUGAAGCAACUCUCGCAAAAAUUGAAGCUUCGGCGACUGAAGACCCACCAUGAGAUCGGAGGAGUUGGAAAUGCUACUGUCGUUUCGUCGUACCUCGUCGAUGCAAGGAUUGAGUCGCAUUGCUCCAGUUUUGUCACAGAUUUCUCUUUCCAUGUACUACCAGGAAUCACUCGUGAGCUACCGGCCAAGGCACUCAACACCAAAGAGUGGAACAUACCUGCUAAUCUCGUUCUAGAUGAUCCCACCUUCCAUCAGCCUGGCCCUAUCGACAUGAUACUAGGGAUAGAAGUCUACUACGAACUCGUCGAAGAAGGCCUAAUUCGUCUAGGUUCCAAUCUACCGGUGCUGCAGAAAACCGUUCUCGGAUGGGUCGUGUCCGGUAAAGCUGGAUCGACACAAUCGGCACAAAUUAGCUUUGUGCAUGUCUGUAACAUCAGUUCACUCGAAAAUCAGUUGGCACGCUUCUGGGAAUUAGAGUCUUGUCAAUCCAGUAGUACAUUUUCCGUCGAAGAAACGCUUCGUGAGGCUCACUUUGUUGCAACCACCAGCCGUGAUUAUACUGGACGAUUUGUCGUUCAGCUUCCGAAAAGAUCAGCAGUCCUUUCAACACUCGGUGAUUCCAAAGAAAUCGAGCGAUUCCAAAGAAAAGAGCGGCGUCUGAAUGCCAAUUGA